AACAGUUGUAAUUAUUAUAACUUACAGACUUGUCACGAAGUUCCUCCAAUUCUUUGCAGCAGCUAUCAACUUGUUCAAUGAGCGCGCUGUGACGUGUUUGUUCCACAAUUAACUGAUGAGCCAGUUUAGCAGUGGUUACGUUACGACGACCAACACAAGCAUUCCUUUAUUAUUUUCUAUGCAAGAAUAAAUAUAUGAAAACAUAUGAAAAUGUUGAAACCUGACGAUAAUGGUUUUGUAAAUAUCACCUGGCCAAGCAAGAAUGUUCCGCACGGUGGUAUUUUUCACACUCGCGUGGCAGAACCAACGGAAAAUCAACGAGAGUUACUGAAAGUUCUCUUAGAAGAGUCGAAGCUCACUAUUGCUCAACGACAAAAAUCUGCUUUUAAGCUUCGGGCACAUGAAGAAAAUAAAUCUGACCGUGAGCUGCUGGUUCGUAUGCCGGUGGUCCGACCUCGAACGUCUCGAAGACGAUCCCUUUCUACCAUUCGGGAGUCUGGGGUCUUCGACGCAGACAGAUAUCGCCCAUUGAAACGAGGGGAAGAUAGGGAGAAGAUGAAGGAGAGGCUCGCUAACACUAUGGCUUAUGGAGAUGACGAGGUACAACGGCCAAAGCCCCCUCCUGCAAUCAGCAAGAAGCCACAACCUCAGUUGCCCACCAAUAAACAAAUGUGGCAUGAAUUGGUAACUCAAAUCCGGGAACGUACAGAAUGGCUCGCCGAAAUGGAGUAUUUGGGUCAGGCUGCACCGCACCGUGAUAUUAUAAAAGAUCAGAUUGCGGAGAGAAUGAGGGCUUUAGACGCGUUGGGCAUCGACAGCGAGUGCUCCACGCCUAAAUCAACGGAUUCUGGGUUUAGUACGCGAAGAUCCCGUGAACCCGAGCCAGUGGUUAAAAGACGAAGUUCUGCAGCUUCAGGGACAUCAAGUCAAUCGAACAAAAGUGAGAAAAAACGUGUUAGCCCCAAAAGUUCAACAAGGGCUCGAAACAAAGAAGAAAAUGUGGCAUCCUACUCCCAGUUGUCUCCUUUGCAAUACUCUCCUAGACGGCGCCAAUGAUUUACCGCCAUUUUCUACUUUUUACGAACUCUAAUAUAACGGAAUGUUUUCCAAUUUCUACAGUGUGAACAAGUCCUUUGUUAUUAGUUUUAUUUUUGUAUGCGGAAUUUACAAUCCUAUUGGUUCUUUCUGUCAUGAGCUGCAAGUAGUUUGCUAUAAUAAAUGUUCACACACAAGGAACAAAGUUUAAGGUUCGAAGAUAUUUCCCGUCAAAUACCUUUGUGUUUCGUCAGCCUAGUGCAUGCGCUUGCGCUGUGGCUUAAGCUUAUCAUAAAGUCAUCAGUAGCGCACUU